AAAAGACGAAGUGGCACGUGUGCAAAUGGCAGGGGAGCCAAGCAUGUUAGUUGGAUAAUACUCAGAUUUCCAGUACAGUGAUCGCCAUUUUAUGCGCGCGGCUAGAGAGAAGCGGAGGAACGCCAAUCCUCGCCUCAGUCCCGCAAAGAGCACUCAUUUUUCACUUCCAGCACCAACCUUCGGGCUUCCGCUUCACCCUGUUUCUUCUAAGAUUACUCUAAUUUGCUCAAUCAUGGAUAUUGAUCCUCGUCAAUACGAACACCUUGCAGUCAAUGAUAAUGACAUCCACAACAUUGUUAUGUCUUAUCUUGUGCAUAAUUGCUUCAAAGAAACAUUGGACGCUUUUAUUGCCUCUACUGGAUUGAAGCAGCCUUCUGAUUGUCUGGAGGAUAUGGAGAAAAGAAAAAGGAUUUUUAAUUUUGCACUAGAGAGGAAUGCACUUAAGGCUAUUGAACUUACAGAAGAGCUGGCCCCUGACUUACUAGAGAAAAACAAGGACUUGCAUUUUGAUCUUCUGGGCCUUCAUUUUGUUGAGCUUGUAUGCUCUAGGAAAUGCUCAGAAGCUAUAGAAUUUUCUCGCUCCAAGUUGUCUCCUUUUGGGAAUGUGCAAAAUUUUGUCAGAAAGCUUGAAGAGUAUAUGGCACUGGUUGCUUAUGAGGAACCUGAAAAAUCCCCAGUGUUUCACCUCCUCAGCUUGGAGCACCGGCAGCAGGUUGCAGAACAUCUGAAUCGAGCAAUUCUUGCUCAUGCAAACCUUCCGAGCUAUACAGCCAUGGAAAGACUGAUACAACAAACAACAGUUGUUAGACAAUGUUUAGACCAAGAGCUAUCAAAGGAUGGACUGCCUCCAUUUUCUUUGAAGGACUUCUUGGGACGCUGAGCUGAAAAGGUGUGAAGCUUAAGCAUAGCUAGCUGGGAAAGGCUAAAAGGUCACUCAUCCUAUCUUCAUGUAGUAAUGUUGUAAGGUCAUGGAUAGGCUGUAUCAUCAUUGUCUGCAUUUCUGUACCGGUUGUCUAGCUUGCUGUCUCAUGCAUCUGGAUAUGCCUGCACUCCCUGAAGGCUGCCUCUUUUCUCAAGUCGCCACAAAGGGAAGUGGAUUUGGUUCAACUCCGUGGUAGUUAUUUGGAUUCAUGGUAUGGUUGAUCCAAUGUGUGGGUUGUUCUUAUACUUCAUCUUAUUGUUAUUCAUAUUGUAGAAAUUAAGCUUACUGUGUAACUAGAGUCAGGUUUUUGUUUGUUAUAACCUAUAAAUUCUCAGUUCGUUUACCAUAUGUAUAUAUUACUGUGAUGAUGAAGAACAGUUUACCAAGUAAAAUUUUGCAUUUUUC